CCUGUGUUUAUUUCAGGAAAUUGAUCUGUCACACUGUGCAGCCUGUCAUCUCGAAAGCGAAGCUAUGAUGGAUCCUGAGCGGUUGUAAACGAGGAGAGACAAGAUGGUAUUUGAGUCUCUGGUGGUGGACGUCCUCAACAGGUUUCUUGGCGACUAUGUAGUCAACCUGGACAGCUCGCAGCUCAGCCUUGGAAUAUGGGGAGGUGAUGCUAUCCUUAAAAAUCUAGAAAUAAAAGAAAAUGCCCUUAGCCAGUUGGACAUUCCAUUCAAGGUGCGGGCAGGACACAUAGGUCGUCUUGAACUUAAGAUUCCGUGGAAGAAUCUCUACACCCAGUCUGUGGAGGCCACUCUGGAUGAAGUCUACCUGCUCAUUGUCCCCACUGCCAGCAUCAAGUAUGAUGCCGAGAAGGAGGAGAGGCAGCUACAGGAGGCUCGUCAGAGGGAGCUCCAACGCAUUGAGGAGACCAAACAAAGAGCAGCUGAACAAGAGAAUCCGCAGCAGAAGCAGGACACGUUUGUGGAGAAGCUGGUCACCCAGGUGAUCAAGAACCUGCAGGUCAAGAUCUCCAACAUCCACAUCCGCUAUGAGGACGACAUAACGAAUCCCGCCUCCCCCAUUUCAUUUGGAGUAUCUUUACAAAACCUCAGUCUACAGACGUCAGAUUCAAACUGGAUGCCAUGUCUGUUGGACGAUAAAGCCAAACUUUUCUUCAAGUUGGUGCGGCUAGACAGCCUGUUUGCCUACUGGAAUACCAACUCUGAGCUCUACUCUAACCAUAACCCUGAUGAGGCUCUGAGAUGUCUGAGAACAAGUGUUGCCAUGGAGGGCUCCAUCCCUUCAGAUUAUCAGUAUGUAUUCAGGCCCAUCUCGGCGCGUGCCAAGCUGCGUAUGAACCCGAGGUCGGACAUCGACUUGUCGGCCCCUAAGUUUGACCUGAUGGUCGACCUCCCAGGUGUGGCAGUGGAGCUGUCCAGGCCACAGUACAUCAGCAUUCUGGAGCUGCUGGGGUCAGUGGACAUGAUGUCGCGCAAUCUGCCCUACAGGAAAUACCGACCAGACCUGCCCCUUCACAACAACGCCUUCUUAUGGUGGCGCUACGUGAUCGUUGGGAUCCUGGAGGUGAACGUGAAGCCGAGUCUGCACAUGUGGUCGUGGUCUCAUAUCAAGCGGCAUCGGCAGGAGGUGAAGCGCUACCGGGAGCUCUACAAACACAAGAUCACCAACAAGAAACCCAAGGAGUUCAUGCUCAAAGACCUGGAGGAGACGGAGAAGAGGUUGGACAUCUUCAAUAUCACCCUGGCGAGGCAGCAGGCGGAGGUGGAGGCGAUGCGGGCCGGCCUGCCUAUCAUUCGUCCGGGCCAGAAGGCGGAAGUGGAGGAGUCGGAGGGCUGGUUCGGCUGGAUGUGGAGCUGGGGCGCGGAAACCACACCUGAAAAAAAGGAGGUCAAGUCCGGAGCUUUUGAUGAGCUUCUUACCGCUGAGGAGAAGAGUAAACUCUACAAGGCCAUCGGAUACAGUGAGAUCGCUGUCAAUCACAACCUACCCAAGGAGUUUGUGGACAUGAAGGUGUGCUUCCAGCUGGUGAGCCUGAGUGUGAGCCUGAAGGAGAGCGCUGACAAGCCGGAGGUGCUGAAACUCGCCGUGAUGGACCUCAGUGCCAUGCUGUGCCAGAGACCCGGAGCACAGGCCCUCAAGGUGAUUGCCCAGCUGACGUCGUUUGAGGUGACGGGUCUUCCCCGUAACCGCGUGGCGCCCAUCCUGUUGUCAUCGCGACGGGUUGCCAAGGACAACAAGCACUCCGCACCGCUGCUCACGCUCACCUUCGAGACCAACCCCCUGGACGAGUCAGCGGACCAGAAGCUACACGCAGACGCCCAGCCCCUGGAGAUCAUAUACGACGCUGUGACGGUGAACAGUCUGUCGGCAUUCUUCCUGCCUCCUGACGACCUGCAGCUAGACGAGCUGACCAACGCAACACUCAUGAAGCUGGAACAGUUUAAAGACCGCACCGCCACAGGCCUGAUGUACGUGAUCGAGACCCAGAAGGUGCUGGAUCUCAAGGUGAACCUCAUGGCGUCCUACGUCAUCGUGCCUCAGGGCGGCCUCUACACCGGGGAGGAGAACCUCAUCCUGCUGGACCUCGGUCACCUCAAGAUGUCCAGUAUGACUAAGGAGGGUCUGCCUCAGCUGUCGGUGGGUACAAGUACCCUGGAGGAUAUCAUGCUGAGGGCCUACGACAGCUUCGACAUCCAGCUCACCAACCUGCAGUUCCUCUACAGCAAAGGAGAUGGGGACUGGCGUGCGGCGCGUAAGCUGCGGCGCUCUGGCCUGCACGUGCUGGAGCCGGUGGACCUGCGCAUGGAGCUCAGUAGAGCCAUGGUGGUCACCGACUCGCGCAUGCCCAAGUUUAAGAUGUCCGGGGAGCUUCCUCUGCUCUCGCUGCGUAUCUCGGAUGACAAGGUGAGGGGAGUGCUGGCCUUGAUUGACAGCAUCCCUCUGCCCGAGAGCCGACCCGCCCCCACGCCCAAGACCAGCGGCACCCAGCUCACACCCAAGCCGUCUAGAACCAUGGUCACCCCUCAGCUCAAACCCAGGAACCCCACCCUCGCAGAGAUGAGAUCCUCUAUGUUCUACGACGCCAUGUCCAUCACCUCCAUCGGUUCGGAGGAGGAGCUGUUCUUCGACGCUCCCAGCUCUCCGGUGAGGGACGUGCCGUUCUUCGAUGACCAGUCGUCGGUGCCCCUGGCCAGGGUGGCGUCUCUCAGGCAGGCCAGCAGGGCAGCCUCUCCGGAGCCCCAGAAGAACAUGACCGACCUACAGCUGCACUUCAUGAUCAAUAAGCUGUCCAUCCAGUUGUGUCGUGUCACUGAGGAAGAGGAGGUGACGGUGCUGCACCUGAGCAUCGAGGGCCUGGGGGCGGAUCUAAAGAAGCGCACCUUUGACAUCCACGCUGAGACCUUCCUCCGGGAGAUCUGUCUGGCCUGCCCCGAAUAUACAGAUGGCGAAGACAAGCCAGUGCAUCUCAUAACGACACUAGACAACACGGAGGAUGACCUUCUCAUGUUGGAGUACACUAAGGUUGAUAAAAGCAGUCCUGAGUUCAAGACUGUCUAUAAGAACACUGAACAGCUGGUGAAGGUGAACUUCUCAUCGCUGGACGUGCACCUGUACACGGAGGCGCUGCUCAACACCAUGAACUUCGUGAACAACCUGCUGCCCGCCUCCCAGGCCGAGACCCCCCCCGAGCAGCCCCCCGCAGACGAGGAGGAGCAGGAAGAGGAGGAGGGCGAGAAGGCCGAGAAGAAGGAGGGAGCCACCGUGGUCAGAUCAGUGUCCAAGAAGGGCAAGCCAGAGGAUUUAGAGGUGGUGAACAUGCACAUCAGAGCCGACCUCAACUGCCUCAACGUCUUCAUCCGGGGGGAGAAGGCCCACAUCGCAGAGAUCUGCAUCCAAGGGCUGGUAUCUGAGGUUCAGAUGAAAAAGAAGGAUAUGGAUGUUCAAGCCAACCUAAAGAACAUUGUCAUUCUGGACUGUGACAAAGAUGGGCUCUAUAAGAAGGCGGUGUCCAUUGCAGAUAAGGAGGUGUUCUCCUUCUCGAUGGUGAACUACACGGAUGCCACGCAGGGCAGUGCCUACAACGACAUGAGCUGCGUGGACACAGCCGUCACCCUCAAUGUGGGCUGCAUCCAGGUCAUCUUCCUGUACAAGUUCGUCUCUUCCAUCCUGACGUUUGUGGAUAACUUCCAGACGGCGAAGGCUGCGCUGGCCGAGGUGACGGCGCAGGCGGCGGAGAAGGCGGUGGUCGGGGUGCGGGAGCUGGCGGAGCGCACCUCGCGGAUCUCGCUGAAGGUUCACAUCAACGCCCCCGUGCUCUACAUGCCGCAGGCCUCGCGCUCGCCCAACGUCAUCGCGGCUGACCUGGGCUUCAUGGAGGUCAGCAACCAGUUCCUGGUGGUGGAGCCGCCCCUCUCGCCCCUCCGCUCCGCCCUGCCGCCAGUCACCGACAACAUGACCGUCAAGCUCAGCCAACUCAAGAUGUACAGGACUACGUUUGCUGACGGAAAGUUCCAGAGCGAGGUGGAGCUCCUGAAGCCGGUGAACCUUGACCUGUCCAUCAAGAGGAACCUGUCCUCCGCCUGGUACCACAACAUCCCCGACGUCCAGAUUGACGCACACCUCAAACCCAUGAGCUUGGUACUGAGUCAGGAAGACAUGACCGUGGCCUUGCGAACUCUUUCUGAGAAUCUUUCUGAAAGUGCGGAGGCUAGCCCAUCGCCCACACCCCCCGACAAGACAGAGGACACUACCUCAAAUAAAGACAAGGCAAAGGACACCACCUCAAAUAAAGACAACACUGUUGUGACGGCCGCUGUGGUGGAGGUUCAGCAGAGCUCCACGCUGUGGACUAAACUCAAGCUCAACUUCCAGUUCGACUCCUUGAGUCUGGUGCUCUACAGGGCUGCCGAGGUGGGUUCAGCAUCACCAAUACCGAGCGCUGAUCAGGAUGAGCGUGAGGAGGGCUUGAUGCUGGCCGAGUUCAAGUUGGGCUCCAUCCACACGGAGCUGCUGCAGCUGUCCGACGGAGCCAUGAGCAUCGCCCUGCGCCUCUCAGAGUGCCUUCUGGACGACAAGAGAGGACACCUCAAGAGCGUCACCUCCAGGAUGCUGGCGUUGCGUGGGGACGCGGAGGAGAGCGUGAUGCUGCAGCUGAGCUACCGCGCGGGCCGCGACGGCAGCGCCCUGCAGGUGGCGCUGCAGGACCUGUACCUGUGCGCCUCCGUGGAGUUCCUGCAGACCGUAGCCAAUAUCUUCCUACAGGCACUGGCCGAUGGCAGAGCAGAGGCGACGCCCCCGGCACAGGCCCCGCCUUCUCGCAACGGCCCACGCCCAGCCAAUGCCAGCUCCAGCACCACCUCCACCAAGGACGCCAGUUCCUCCCAGGCGCCGGCUGUACUCCGCAACACCUACAGUGUGCGGGUGAAGAACCCGGAGAUCGUGUUUGUGGCCGACCUGACCCGCCCGGACGCACCGGCUCUGGUGAUGUACACUGAGGUGGAGGCGGACUACCAGGACGGUCCCGAGGGCACGAGGCUGGCGGCCAGCGUGGCGGACCUCAAGGUCACCGCCUGUCCCUUCAUGCACAAGCAGCGCAAGCCCAACUUCAUCACCACCGUGCUGCAGCCCUGCCAGCUGUCCUUCAGCAUGGUGACGCCCGCCACCCAGCCACAGCGCAUGGAGCUCAGCAUGAGCGCACUCACACUCAAGGUGUCGCCCAUCAUCAUUAACACGGUGAUCACCAUCCAGUCGGCCCUAAGCCCGGCGGCCGAGAGCCCAGAGGAGAAGGAGAGCCCCGUGCCCCCCGACCUGUGGCAGCGGCGCGACUUGCGUCUCCUCAAGCUCUGGUUCCUGGAGGAGGACGGGGAGGAGGACGCGCGCUCCCUCACGCCCCUCGUGCCCCUGGGAGAGACCCUGAAGGUGGCCAUGGAUCAGAUCUGCAUCACCCUGGAGGCGGGCGUGGGCCACAGGACGGUGCCCAUGCUGCUGGCCAAGGCCUCGUUUCACGGCCACGCCAGCAACUACACCACCCUCAUCAACCUGCACAGCACCCUCAAGCUGGAGGUAAACUACUUCAAUGAGAUCAUGGGUGUCUGGGAGCCGCUGCUGGAGCCUCUUGAGGAUGAGACUACAGACGGCUUCAAGUCCUGGAGUCUGGAGCUCAAGAUGAAGAAGAAGCCUGUGAAUAACUCUGGGAUAGCGGACGAGGUGGACUACGCCGUGCCGGACUACAAGACGGUGAUCACGGUCAGCAGUAAAGACCAGCUCAACAUCAUGCUGUCCAAGUGUGGCAUCAACAUGCUCAGCAACCUGGGCACGGCCUUCGCAGAGGCGGCCACCCAGACGGCGGAGAGCUUCCAGCGCGACCAGGCUCCGCUGGUGCUGAAGAACCGGCUGGGCGUGGACCUGUCGGUGCUGCUGAGCGAGAUGUUCAUGCCGCUGGGGCCCGGCUCGCUGGACAGCAGCCUGUCCCUACUGGACCGCAGCCGAGCCCAGGAGCACCGCGUGGAGCUGCCCGACGGGGACAACCUGUACAUGGACUUCAGAACCGCAGACCAGUUCUCCGCCAUGACCAGCCUCAACGCCAAGAACUACUACAUACAGCCCACUCCGGUUGGCCACUCACAGGCCAGUAUGAUCCCGCUGAUCAAAGUGGGGCGGGGCAUGUACAGCGUCCUGCACGACGAGUCCCACGUCAUGCGCUUCUUCGUCUGCCAGAUCUACUCGGCGGAGGGCAGCAAGUACGUCAAGAUCCGAUCGCCCUUCCAGUUCAUCAACCACUGCUCGGUCCCGUUCCGCGUGUUUGAGGGUUCCACCUGCCUCGGCACCUCCACACCCACACAAGAGUUCUGUGUACCCCUAGGCUCCUACAAGUCCCAGCUGAGCCUGCAGCCCAUGCCCAUGACGGUAGAGGGGGGCGUGGUGGAGCAGUACGGCACCUCGGAGGGCUUCAGCUACGACUCGGUCACGCAGCAGCCGGGCGAGGCCGUGGAGCAGACCUGCCCCCACCUGCAGGACGCAGAGAGCCUCUUCAAGGUCAACAUGGUGGCCGUGAGGGACACGGUGACACAGCACACGUCCGAGGAGAACUGGGACCCGCCCUACGUACUGCACCUGUGGCCCAGUGUCCAGCUCCGAAACCUGCUGCCAUAUCCUAUAUCCUACUGCCUACAGGGCAACGUGGUGGCCACCCCUGCCGUGCUGGAGGCGGGCCACUCCUGCCAGCUGCACACCGCCCUAUUGGACAAGCACUCUGUGGAGCUCCGCCUACUGUCCUACCUGCAGCAGGAUUGGGUGGCUCAGUACAGUAUCCGCAGCAACCAGGAAGAGAUCAGCUUCUUGACGUUCCAGUCUGUGAACGGCAGCGAGGAGGCGGAGCUUGACGUGGGUGUGCAUGUGUGCUACGAGCACGGCCAGGCGCUGCUGGCCCUACACGCCCCCUACUGGAUGGUCAACAAGACGGGACGACUGCUGCAGUACAAGGCAGACGACGUCCACCACAAACACCCCAUGGACUACAGCCAACCACUGCUCUUCUCAUUCAAACCCAGGAACUUCUUCCAGAAUAACAAGGUUCGCUUGAUGAUCUCAGAUAGCGAGUUGUCAGAUGAGUUCUCCAUUGACACGGUGGGGAGCUACGGAGAGGUGAAGUGCAAGGGACGCUUAAAGGACUAUCUGGUGGGUGUGAAGAUCGAUGCCACCAGUUUCAGCCUGACGCGCGUGGUGACGUUUGUGCCCUUCUACGUGCUGGAGAACCACACCAAACACCUCAUCAGCGUGUGUGACGAAGGACAGGAGACCUGGACAGACGCCCCACCACUGGAGAGCGCCCAACCUUUCUGGCCUGAGCGGGAAUCUAAGAAGCUGAAGGUCAAAGUUGAAGGUAGCCAGACAACACAAGUUAUCAAUUUCAACAAGCCAGAGAACUGCCUUCUACUGCACCUCGACAACAAUUUGGGAGGCGUGACGGUGGAUGUGAAUCUGACUGAGCACUUGGCUGUGGUGCGCUUCUCUGAGUACCAUGACGGAGCUGCACCUUUCCUCUUGAUCAACCACACCAAGGAGCACACACUGCAGUACCAUCAGAGCUCCCAGAGGGAGGUGGAGGAGCUGGGUCCAGGGCAGGCGGUGUACUACACCUGGGCAGAGCCCACCGGGUCCAGGGUGCUGCGCUGGAGCUGGGGACGCUACUCUGGAGAACUCAAGAACGAGGAGGAUCUCCUGAAGGACGUGGAGGACGAGGGCCAGCUGUUCCUGCUGUCGUUUUACGAGGGCCUCCAGCGGGUGGCGCUGUUUACGCAGGAGCGCUCCCUCUACCACAGCAUCUGCAACAGCGAGCGUGCGGAGCUGGCCGACCAGGAAAUCAUCCUCUCCCUGCAGGACCUGGGCGUGUCACUGGUCAACAACACUACCAGCCAGGAGGUGGCAUUCAUAGGCAUCUGCAGCUCUGACGUGGUGUGGGAAUGCAAGCUGCAGAAGAAGAAUCGCUGGAAGACCCUGAGCAUGAAGGAUGCCGACCUGCUGGAGGAGAGCUACAGGGCGUACAUCGACAGCAACCCCAUCUCAGAGGCCCUCGUAGACCUGGAGAACAACUACCAGGUCUCCCUGACUCCUAAUGGCCUGGACAUGCGCAUGCUAAAGCCCCAUGAUGCAGCGCUGCGGCGGAACUUCCUGCCCGCUCUGAGAGUGGAGUAUAAAGUGUCGGCACGGCAACAGGCCUAUCGAGUCCAGAUCAACCACAUUCAGAUCCAGAAUCAGCUUCCUGGUGCCAUCUUCCCUGUGGUCUACUACCCUGUCAAGCCCCCCAAGUCGGUCAGGAUGGACUCAGAACCCAAACCCCUGACUGAUGUCAGCAUCAUCACUCGAGCAGCUGGACACUCAGACAUCUUGCGUAUCAAGUAUUUCAAGGUUCUGAUCCAGGAGAUGGACUUGAGGCUGGAUCUGGGUUUCCUCUACGCUCUCCUGGACCUCUUCACACAGGAACACACAGAGGUCGUCACCACCGAACAGGAGGUGAAGCUGUUCCAGAAGGACAUUGAGUACAUUAUGACUCAGCUGCACCAUGUGUCCGCUACAGACUCCUCCCCCAUCAGCCUCUACGAGUACUUCCAUAUAUCCCCCAUCAAGCUGCACUUGAGUUUCUCUCUGAGUUCUGGUGGGGAGGAUGGUCUGAAGGAGAAAAGGCAAACGGAGCUGAUCCCAGUUCAGUCUCUAAACCUGCUACUCAAGAGCAUAGGAGCCACCCUCACUGACGUACAGGACGUGGUCUUCAAAUUGGCGUUCUUUGAGAUGACCUACAAAUUUAACACGCAGUCACAGCUCCAAUGGGAGGUCAUCCGGCACUACUCCAAACAGGCGAUUAAGCAGAUGUAUGUGCUGGUGCUGGGGCUGGAUGUGCUGGGCAACCCGUUUGGACUGAUCCGGGGCCUGUCGGAGGGAGUGGAGGCUUUCUUCUACGAACCAUAUCAGGGUGCCAUCCAGGGUCCUGAGGAGUUUGUGGAGGGCAUGGCACUGGGAGUUAAAGCACUGGCCGGAGCAGCAGUGGGUGGUCUGGCGGGCGCUGCGUCUCGUAUCACGGGGGCGAUGGCCAAGGGGGUGGCGGCCAUGACGCUGGACGAGGAGUACCAGCAGAAGAGGAGGGAGGCCAUGAACAGACAACCCAAAGGCCUGAAGGAGGGCCUCGCACGCGGAGGCAAGGGACUAGUGUCUGGUUUUGUGAGUGGGAUUACUGGCAUCGUCACUAAGCCCAUUAAAGGAGCACAGCAGGAGGGUGCGGCGGGCUUCUUCAAGGGCAUGGGGAAGGGGCUGGUGGGGGCCGUGACGCGCCCCACUGGAGGCAUCAUAGACAUGGCCAGCAGCACCUUCCAGGGCAUCAAGAGAGCUGCGGAGUCGUCUGACGACGUGGAGAGUUUGCGUCCUCCGCGCUUCAUCCAUGACGACGGCGUGAUCCGGCCCUACAGGGAGAAGGAAGGCCUGGGCAGCCAGAUGCUACAGAAAAUUGAGAAUGGGCGCUUUGCCAAGUACAGGUACUUUGCUCACGCCAGCGUCAACGACUCCGACUUCCUGAUGAUCACCAAAAGGGGCAUUUUCUUCGUCACGAAGGGGACUUUUGGUCAGCUGACAUGUGAGUGGCAGUACUUGUUUGAUGAGUUCACCAAGGAGCCCAUGAUAGUGGAGGACCGGCGCUUGAGGAUCGAGGCCAAGGAGAGAGUCAAGUCUGUGUUUCACGCCAAAGAGUUUGGCAAGAUCAUCAACUUCAAAACUCCUGAAAUAGCCAAGUGGGUUCUGGCCAAGUUGGAGGACGCCAGAGAGAGUCUGCCAAAAUACUAGUGAACAACGCUCACUACCGUACCAUACCAUACCGUACCUUCUCGCCAAGUCAUGAGGCCUUCUGCUGAGGUGCCUUUGGUUCUGAUGUCAACGCAUCGUUCACUAUAUGUCUGUUUCACGCAUCAAUUUGCACUAUACACAUACACUUACGUACGUCAGUCAGUCGCAUAACAUAACUCUACAUCGUUCUGCAUUAUCCACAGACAGACAGAGGUACACACACACACACACACACACACACACACACACACACACACACACACACACACACACACACACACAUGCAGCUUUUGGCCAGCUAUGCCUUUAGAUUGUAACCCUAUGUCAUAUCCAUCACGUCCAGCUUCUGGCUGAGCAGCGCACUCAUUAGUGUGAACGCUAAUUAUUAUUAUUGUUGUUAGAAGCCAGAAUGCAUCCUGAAGAACCCUUUUUAUUACAUCCACUUCAUAUGUUUACGUCAGUGAGACAGUGAGUCAGUGAGUGAGUGAGUCAGACAAAAAGACAGCGAGUGAAAGAGUAAAUGACUGAGUGAAUAAAUUAAUGAACGAAUGAAUGAUUAAAUAAGUAUAUGAAUGGAUGGAUGGAUGGAUGGAUGGAUGGAUGGAUGGAUGGAUGGAUGGAUGGAUGGAUGGAUGAAAGGGUGAGCCGAUGAGGUACUCUCCUAGAUACACAUUUUAUUGUUUAAUUUGAAGAUGCGAUUUUAUGAGAAUAAUAUGUUUCAACACAGGACUAUUUUUCUACCUUUAGCUUUUUUUUGCAUGUUUAGGGCAUGUACCGUACAUACUCUAUGUAUUGCGAUGAUUUGCUUACAUUGUGUGUGUGUAUUUUAUGUGGCUGACAUACUGUUUACGGCGACACUGCUGUGGCAGCACAGCGUGGUUCAAUAUGCAAUAAUGGUUAAAUCCCAUGCUUCUGUUGUUUAUUAUUCUUGUCUCUGGAGAUUUUAACUUUUAAGUGUAAAAAAAAAUGUCAGUCCGUAACAAAAGUAUAUGCUUAAGACCAAUCUUAUUAUUAUUAAUUUUUUUCAUCAGUUUUAAAUAAAAUAUCAAUUAAAGUAAGUUCAUCUGA